AUGAGUAUCAUGACCAACAAAAGGCUUGAUAAUUCAUCAUUUACCGAGUUCAAUACCUCAGGUGACAAACCGUUAUAUUUGGAAAUGGGGAUCGUGAUCAACAAUUCCAUCCACGCUAAUCCUGAUAAUGAUAAUUAUCAAGAGACUAACUGUCCUUCGACAUAUGAAUUACGGGAUUCCAUUAAAAGUGCGACAGAGAUUUGCGAGAGUAUUAUGUCCGAAAUUAAUCCGGCUGAAAAUUUGUAA